GGCAUGCUGUGUACGAAGCAUGACGUUAACACUUCUAUGUAUAAGAAAAGUAUAUGUUUUAAAUUUAAUCACAGUACAGCUAAAGUUGUAUUGUUUUCUAGCGUCUCAAUCAGUUAAAAAAUCAGCAGCAGGGUGAAAUGGCCGCUGUGGAGAGCGGCGGAGGAUACAGUCAAAAGCGAAACACAAAUUCACAAGACUCACAGCAGCCAUCUCCUCUCGCCUUGUUGGCUGCCACAUGCAGUCGCAUUGACACCCCAGGAGAGAAUGAUUCCCCUGCAGACCAGCAACAACAAAACCAGCAGCAACAGCUGGACCUAAACCAGGGUGCUUUCACCUCCAGUGCCAACGGCUGGCAGGUUAUCCCACUUAGCAUUCAAACAACCUCAGGCACUAACACCGUCACCACCGACUCUUCGGGGGUGAUGGUGACAGUGGGAGACGUAGGCAAGAGCAGACAGGUGCUGUCGCCAUCAACAGCUGUGGUGAGCACUCAGGGACAGCAUCAACAGCCACAGCAAUACGUAGUAGCUCAGGCUCCAUCCAUGCAGGGUCAGCAGAUGCUUACCACCAUUUCGGGUAUGAUGCCAAACAUUCAGUACCAGGUUAUUCCCCAGUUUCAGACAGUAGAUGGCCAGACGCUGCAGUUGGCACAUGCUCAUCAGGAUUCUGGGGUACCUACCACUGGACCAGGCCAGCAGUUUCAGAUAGUGUCAUCUUCUAAUGGCCAGCAGAUCAUAGCCGCAACCAACAGAGCUGGUGCAGCAGGAAACAUCAUAACGAUGCCCAGUCUCCUUCAGGGAGCCAUCCCCAUACAAAAUAUAAGCUUAGGCAAUGGCAUGUUACAAAACCAGCACCAGUUCCUGGCAAAUAUGCCCCUGUCACUAAAUGGAAACAUCACUUUGGUGCCCGUUAGCACCGGAGCAAGCGGAGGGGGAGAUGCGAGUGGUGGAGGGGAUACAGGAGGAAACCAACUUAUACAGCAACAUCCAGUGUCCAGCGGGGCAGGUUACAUGACAAGUGGGUCCACUGUCACCACACAGACCACUUCUUACGGAAUGACCCAAACGCAUAACAGCAAUGGAGUGGUGACGGGGUCAUUCCAGCAGAACACUGCAUCUUCUCUAGGUGUCCCAAUACAGCCAGACAACCGAGACGGGCAGCAGCCACAGCAGAUCCUUAUCCAGCCUCAGCAGGUUAUACAAGGUGGAACCCCCCUCCAGACCAUCCAGGCUGGUGGUCAGGUAUUUGCAACUCCGACACUCAGCCAGGAAGGGCUUCAAAAUCUUCAAAUUAUGCCAAACACAGGCCCCCUCCUCCUGCGCACUGUAGGCCCCAAUGGCCAGGUGAGCUGGCAGACCAUUCAGAUCCAGAAUCCGGCAGGACCUCAGAUCACGCUGGCCCCAAUGCAGUCCCUUUCCCAACUUGGCCAGGCUCAGGGUGCUGCUGCAGCUGGAGGAGUAUCUGUUAACACAGUGCAGAUCCCGGGCAUCCAGACCAUAAAUCUUAACACACUCGGAGGAGGCUCCGGGCUGCAGAUGCACCAGCUGCACCAGCUGCAGACUGUUCCCAUCACCAUCGCUGGCACAGCAGGAGAGCAGGCGCUACAGACUGGCGGAGAAAGUUUGGAUGAUAGCACAGCUAUGGAUGAUGAGGACAUAAGCCCACAACCUCAAGGCCGACGAAACCGCAGGGAAGCCUGUACCUGCCCCUUCUGCAAGGAUGGAGAAGGACGUGACCCAACUAAAAAGAAGCAGCACAUUUGCCACAUCUCAGGCUGUGGGAAGAUCUACGGCAAGACAUCCCACCUGAGGGCCCAUCUGCGUUGGCACACGGGAGAGCGACCCUUCGUCUGCGGCUGGUCUUUCUGUGGGAAACGAUUCACCCGUUCAGAUGAGCUUCAGCGCCAUAAGAGGACGCACACAGGUGAAAAAAGAUUUGUUUGCCCAGAGUGUCCCAAGCGCUUCAUGCGCAGCGAUCAUCUCUCCAAGCACACCAAAACCCACUUAAACAAAAAAGCCGUCGCUACCAGCAGCAGCACCGCAGUCUCGACGGGCGCUGCUUCCCCCACAGCCGGAACAAAAAUCGGCACAGGAGCAGUGUCACCCAAUGACCAGCACACCAUUGUCACCAUGGAAACCUUAUCUGCAGAGAGUAUUGCUCGAUUAGCUAGCAGUGGGAUCAACAUGAUGCAGGUGGACCUUCACCAAAUUAAUGGCAACAGCUACUAAGGGAGGACUUCGGUGGUUGUUGCAUUUGGACGUUUUGGGGUUGAAGGGCAUGUCUGACUCAGACACAGAACCCCUCAAAGGCUUCAGACAGGCGGCCCCACAUGCAUCACAGCAGACACUAUUGAAUUUGAGAACUGAGGCAGGGAAACGGAUCUCCAUCUUGAAUUUAGAUACCUGUGGCAUUUUAAUGUCAGAGUUGGAUGAAAAUGUUAGACUUGUGACAUCAUGAAAUCUUAUUUCCCCUAAAAUGGAAAUGGCACUACACUAACACUUGUUCCACGCAUAGACUCAAAAUAUGACUUGUAUUGGGAUUGCAAUAUCACAGUACACUGACCGGCACUCUGUAUUUAAUUGGGAAGUAGUAAUAUCCUCUCUUAACUUAUUUUAGUAAUGAGAUGACACUACUAACUCAGGCUCGCACCCUUGUUUCCCAGGCUGUGAGCUUUGAUUGUUCCUCUGCCCUCAGCAUGCCUCUCAUGCCAACUGGCCCAUAAUGCUGUAUUCACCCCUUCAACUGAAAUUAUAACAAUCUGGAGCAGCAUUUAUUUUUGAAUUGGUUGCAGUUUUGGGAGACCGGGCUGUGUUCACAAACUUAAAAUCCCAGUAUGAGGAAUAAUAUAUGGAAGUGUUUUAGGGUGAGCCGUUGAAGAGGGCUGAAAUAGACCAGGUCAAGACCAGGUCCGAGAGCACUAAUCAGUGAGAAUGUGUCGGGGCACUGAAAUCCUGAGAAUAAAUCAUUAAUCUCUUUAAAUAGGUAUACACAUUCAAGCCAUCAUGCUUUUGAUAUGUUUAUCAUAGCAAAACUUUUUUUUUUUUAUGUAUUUUUUGGUAAAGGCUACAUACAUUCUUAGCUUAGGCAGGAUCAUCUUACAUGAUUGCAAGAAAUUGCCUUUCAGUUGUAUGAACCUCUCAUGCGCAAUCAAUCUUAAUCUUAUGUUAUUACUUUUAUAUGUAUGUAGAUUAAAUGUUUGAAUUUAAAAGCCUUUGUCAUAGAAUAAUGUAUUCUAUACAGUCCAGAUCUUCCCAGUACUCUUGUCCCAGUGGUAUCAUCUUUGCUUGCAGUCAGUCGGUUUUUUGUUGGGAAACAGUUUCCUUUUAAGUCAUAUCUGGUCAGAGUGAAAUAUUCUGUAAUGUCCAGACAGCAUAAAUAUGUACGUUCAAAACCAAAGGUUCAUACUCAUUUUAUAAGCAACACUAGGAAAGCUUUGUUAAAUUUUCGAAUAACUGUUACUCUUGUAAUGCAUAUGUUAAAGUUGUAACUGGAAAAGAUCCAGCUUGAGGCAAGCACUGGACACACAUCCCUUUGUGUUCCAAUUAAGUUGCUAAAGUAUUAUGGGUAAACAUAUUUUUGGAAAAGAUGCUUCUCACCACUAUGUAAUAUUUUCUUUGCUUUAGGAUUCUGCUUUGAGAAAGAUAAUUAACUUGUGUUAUGUCAGAACAUGUAUGUUUAAAAAGCUCUCCUUUUGAAACUCUAGAUUAAGUUCAUCGGACAACAAGUGCUCUUAUUUCUUUUGCCCCGUUUUAAAUAAGGGAUUUUAUAUUGUGUGUUUAACUACUGCAAAUGCCAACAGCUGGAUUAAAAUUAUGAAUACA